CCCCGGAGGAUUUUCCGGUCCCGUGUGCAGAGGGACGACCAGGAACUCGGGCUCAGUCUCCACCCCGAAGUGGGGCGGGUCCGCCCGGAAUAAGACCCGCUGUCCGGCCCCGGCAAGGGUGUGUUCUGCGCGGCCUCAGAGGACGAGCGCUGCCCAUUCUCGGCACUAGCGAGGAACUUCUGCUUGGGUGACUGAACUCUGAUCCUGAUCUACAGUCACGGCCAUGGCAUCCAAAGGAGGCACCGUCAAAGCUGCUUCAGGAUUCAGUGCCACUGAAGAUGCCCAAACCCUGAGGAAGGCCAUGAAGGGGCUUGGCACCGACGAAGAUGCCAUCAUCAGCGUCCUUGCCUACCGCAGCACGGCCCAGCGCCAGGAAAUCAGGACGGCCUAUAAGACCACCAUCGGCAGGGACCUGAUAGACGACUUGAAGUCGGAACUGAGUGGCAACUUUGAGCGGGUGAUCGUGGGAAUGAUGACGCCCACCGUGCUGUAUGAUGUGCAGGAGCUGCGACGGGCCAUGAAGGGAGCUGGCACGGAUGAGGGCUGCCUGAUUGAGAUCCUGGCCUCCCGAACACCUGAGGAGAUCCGACGUAUAAACCAGACCUACCAGCUUCAAUAUGGGAAGAGCCUUGAAGAUGACAUUCGCUCUGACACUUCAUUCAUGUUCCAGAGGGUGCUGGUGUCUCUGUCUGCUGGUGGCAGGGAUGAAGGAAAUUAUCUGGAUGAUGCUCUCAUGAGACAGGAUGCUCAGGACCUGUAUGAGGCUGGAGAGAAGAAAUGGGGGACAGAUGAGGUGAAAUUUCUAACUGUUCUCUGUUCCCGGAACCGCAAUCAUCUGUUGCAUGUGUUUGAUGAAUACAAAAGGAUAUCACAGAAGGAUAUUGAGCAGAGUAUUAAAUCUGAAACAUCUGGUAGCUUUGAAGAUGCUCUGCUGGCCAUAGUAAAGUGCAUGAGGAACAAAUCUGCAUAUUUUGCUGAAAGGCUUUAUAAAUCUAUGAAGGGCUUGGGCACCGAUGAUGACACCCUUAUCAGAGUUAUGGUUUCUCGAGCAGAGAUUGAUAUGAUGGACAUCCGGGAAAACUUCAAGAGGCUUUAUGGGAAGUCUCUGUAUUCCUUCAUCAAGGGUGACACAUCUGGAGACUACAGGAAAGUACUGCUCAUUCUCUGUGGAGGAGACGAUUAAAAUAAAAUCCAGGAAGGAUAGGAGGAUUCCCAACACUUUGAAUUUUUUUUUCACUUCAUUUUUCCACACUGCUAUUAGUAUUAUCUCAGAAUGCUUAUUUCCAAUUAAAACGCCUACAGAUGCUCCUUAGGGUAUAGACUGUAUUAUUAUUCAUCUAUAAUUACUCAUUAUGAUACUUUAAAGCUGUACUUGCAUUUCAAAGCUUAUACAACUUGAAAGGAGAUUUUAAAUUAGAAAUAAAAAUGUACUCCAUGGUUUUAACAGAUUUCUUCCUUGUUUGUGUUUCACAGAAAUUGGAAUGUAUUAAAUUUAUUUCAUGGUUUUGGUGAAAAACUAUUAAAGCAGAAGACUCAAAGACUGCUGUAAAAUCACUUUGCUUCCCUAAUUCUGUUUUCAAAG